AUUCUUACAAGACUUAACAGGUAAAGAAUGUAUGGUUAGAUUAAAAUGGGGUAUGGAGUACAAAGGUUAUUUGGUUUCUAUGGAUUCUUAUAUGAACUUACAAUUGGCUAAUACAGAAGAAUAUCAAAAUGGUCAAUCGGUCGGUUCAUUAGGUGAAGUGUUUAUACGUUGUAAUAAUGUUCUAUACAUUCGAGCUUUAUCAGAUUAAAUCAAAUGAUAAGAAAAACAAUACAAUGCCAAACAAAACUAAACCAUGGAAAAAAAAUUGAUUGAUCAAUAAACCUUUUCGAAUCUUGUCUUACCAAUUUUACACAAUCUAUGUUUUCUUAAACCAAUUUUUUUUAAAGGAAGAGACCAACUUUCCAAAAAAGAGUUUUCCCAAAGAUCUUAAAAGAUCAAACUGAUCUUCAAAAGAAGUGAUCUCAAUCAGGAUGUUGUAAUGAUGUUUUUUUCUCAUACCUAGAUGAGAUGAAAUGAAAAAUCAAUUCUAUCACUU